UGUAUGCUUUGAAGUAACCUAUAAAUAAUAUGAUCAUGUGUGAUUUUCAAUACAUUUAUCAUCCAAAAUUAUGAUAUUUCUAAAUUAAAUAGUUAGAUUUAUUUAACUGCCCGAAGUAUAUAUUCUAAUGUUGGGUGGAAUCAGGAAUGCAGUUGUACUUAAAGUAUCUAGCAUUUAUUGUUUACAUUGCGCUGUGUGUAGCUGUAGGAAUAAUCAUCACCCUGAUCACCCCAAAGCAGUGCAUCUCUAGGAAGUGUAUGCAGAAGAGCAACCUGGUCCUUCAGGACAUGGACCUGUCAGUGAAGCCUUGUGACAAUUUCUACCAGUACAUAUGCGGAAAUUACGUCGGUCUGGGUGAAAAGCGUGGGAAGUCCAUCACGGAAGCGAUUCAGAAGAAGCAAAUUGGUCUGUUGUCAUCCUACUUAGAACUGCCUUCGAAAAAGAGCGACGAUCGGGUGUUGAGGAUUAUAAAGACGGUUUACCAAUCGUGCUUGGAUAUUGAGCAAAUUGAGGAAGAAGGAGUCCAACCGAUAGCAGACACGAUUCGGCUAGUCGGGGGGUUUCCUUUGGUAGAGGGGAAGUUCUGGAACACGCUAAUUACUGAUCGCCCGUGGUCAUUGGACGUCGGUGAGUACAAAGCAAGGUACGCUGGUUUCCAAGGUGGUAUCAUUUUUGAGUCAAAUGUUCGACGCUAUGAAGUAGACGACAAGUAUUAUGUCCACAUUAAACCACCAGAUAGUUUACAUUUUACAGAUGCUGUCUUCAGAGCGUACCAUACUUAUAUCAAAAAUAUUACUUCAAUACUUUGUUCUUUGAGCAAGAAAUACUUAGCGCCUGAAGAGAAAGAAAUUGAAGACUCUGUCAAGUUUAUCAAAGAACUUUUCCAAAUCGAAAGGCAGAGAGCGGGAUGUAAAGUAACGUACCGACUGGAAGAGUUGGAAGACUUCUCCAAGGAAUUUCCAUUUUUAGGAUUGAAGAACUAUUUGACCCAAAUGCUGGCUUACGUUAAACUGCCAAAACGUAUAGCUGUGGCAGCUGAAAGUAAGGCAUUCUUCGCCAAAGUUAAGGAUAUCAUGGCCAGAACGGACAAUCGAAUUAUUUCAAACUGUCAGAUGAUUUUUAACAUUCUACAAGUAACACCUCUUCUUCCUUCUUCGUUCAGACAAGCCGAAUAUGUGCUAUCGAGGACAACAUAUGUGCCGCAUACUGUAGUUGGAUCUGACAGACGUUCUCUGUGUACGAAAUUAAUCACCAAAUCCUUAAGCUCUGCAGUGACCGCGUUAUAUCUCAGAGAUGUAUUUCGAUACAGAAAAGAACAGCGUUAUUUUUCAUAUUUAUUAGCCACUCUAAAAUCUCACAUGAUACAUCUAAUCCGCAAUAUUCGCUGGAUGGACAAAGAGACGAAACAAAAAGCGAUUAUGAAAGUAGAUCUGAUGAACUAUGCGUACCCUGUUUCUGACGAUGAAUACGAAGAGCUCACCAACCAGACCGCUUUCAGGAUCUACUACGAGGACCUCUGCUAUAUUCGCAACACCUCUAUUCUUGCCUCCUACCUGGGGCUGACGCAAUUCAGUUCCGACCAGAACUGGGAUCUUUUAGAAAAAGACACCGACGUUUUUGACGAAAACAUCGAUAUAUUUUCCUCGGAUAUAUUUUACGACUUCCACAGAAACGCGGUUGUUGUUCCCAUUGAAUUUAAAAACUACCCGGCAUUCAACGGCCGUUGGCCGAAGUACCUGAACUACGGCGGACUUUGCAGUAAAAUAGCGAUGGAGCUGUUCCGAGGUAUCGGCCUCUCAGGAUCCAAUUUUGGUGUCCAAGGGAAAAAGAACAAUUGGUGGUCGGUCCAAACAAAAGCUGAAUACAAAACGCGAAAUAGGUGUUUUGUAAAACAGUAUAACAACUAUAUUAGAUCUUUCACGGAUACGGAAAUAAGAGACUCCGAGUGCAUUGAGGACAUAGAAAUCCGCCUGGCUGGCGUAAAGAUAGCCUACCUGACUUACGCUACGAUAGAACGGAAAAGGUUUUUUCCCGAGCGGAGGCUGAGAGGGUUGAAACAUUUUUCGCCGAAACAAAUGUUUUUCGUGGAUUUCGCGACGUAUUACUGCGACGUGGACAGGCCCCCACCUCAAGGUAGGAAUCUGACAGAGUUGAAGGCCAGCGAGGAGCCUAACGAGUACAAAGUGAUCGGCAGUCUCCGAAAUUUGCAGCUGUUCAGCGAUCUGUUCGAGUGUUCUCCUAACGACGCGAUGAACCCAUCAGGAAAAUGUGAUAUGUGGAACAGAUAAAAGAGUGGUGAAAAAUACCCGCAUCAUAUUCUUUACCAUUAUUUUGUAAAGUUUUCAGAAUACGUGCAAAGAUUGAGCAUCUCGCAGACGUUACUGGCAGAUUAAUUAAGUAGCAAUAAAAUAUAUUAUGCAUGAUUAAAACCAAACAUUUUAAUUUACUGUUGGAUAAAAUAAAUCAUCCCUUUAAAUUCUUAUUUCUAUAUUAUAAGUUUCCUGUCGCAGUGAAGCUUAUAGUGGUGUCAAAUCUUACAAAUCUCAUUAAAGUCCAUUUUAACUA